AUGGUUGGGUACCAGUUUUGUCGUUGUGAAGGUAGUAGCCAUUGUGGAGGGGGCGGAGAAGGUGACGGGGGGAACAUGUCGGGGAAGCAUGUCGAUAUACUAGGAACAUGGUUGGAUGCCAGUUUUGUCGUUGUGAAGGUAGUAGCCGUUGUGGAGGGGGCGGAGAAGGUGACGGGGGAAGCAUGUCGUUAUAUGCUAGGAACAUGGUUCGGUGCCACUUUUGUCGUUGUGGAGGCGGAGGACAAGGUGACAGGGAAGCAUGCCGAUAUACUAGGAACAUGGUUGGGUGCCAAUUUUGCCGCUGUGAAGUUGUUAUUAUUGAUGAUUUUGACACUUCCGGAUAUAUGUACACUAUUUGCAUCGUUAAUAUUUUCCUACUUGAAGGUGCUGGACUGGGGGCAGGAAGGUCAGGAGAGCUCAUCGAAGCACCGGGAGGCCUUUGAGAAGGAGGUGGCCGUGUGGCAGAAGCUCGAUCACCCCAAUGUCACAAAGUUCGUGGGGGCGUCGAUGGGGACGUCCCAGCUGAAGAUCCCGGCGGGGAAGAAGGGCGGCAGCAGCCACGGGCCAGGCCAGCGCUGUGUGGUGGUGGUGGAGUACCAGCACGGCGGCACCCUGAAGACGCUGCUGUUCCAGCACAGGGACAAGAAGCUGCCGUACAAGAAGGUGGUCCAGCUGGCGCUGGACAUGGCGAGAGGGCUGAGCUACCUGCACUCUCAGAAGAUCGUGCACCGGGACGUGAAGGCAGAGAACAUGCUGCUGGACAGGAAGAAGUCGGUGAAGAUCGCCGACUUUGGGGUGGCCCGUGUGGAGGCGCAGGACGACGACAACAUGACGGGGCAGACGGGCACGCUGGGGUACAUGGCCCCCGAGGUGCUGGAGGGGCGGCCGUACGACCACAAGUGCGACGUGUACAGCUUUGGCGUCCUGCUGUGGGAGACGUACUGCUGCGCCUUGGCCUACCCGAACUACAGCAUCGCGGACAUCUCGUACCAUGUGGUGAAGCUGGGCAUCCGGCCCGACAUCCCGCGGUGCUGCCCCAAGCCGCUGUCGGAGAUCAUGACGCGUUGCUGGGAUGGCAACCCGGACCACCGGCCGGAGAUGGCCGAGGUGGUGGCGAUGCUGGAGAGGAUCGACACCACCAAGGGCAAGAGCAUGACGCCCGCCGUCCCCGACCACACCUCGCAGGGCUGCAGCUGCUUCGGCUUCUCCAAGUAG